AUGGUCAACCAAUCUGCGGCGGAGCAGACCCAUGAUGCAAUCACAGAGGAUGAGAUAGUUGGGACAGAGACACCAAAUCAACCUCAGCCUGCAACUGACCCCGCCUCCUCAAAGCGCCCCAAUGCAUUUACAGAACUUAUGUCACAGGCGAAGAAACCAAGACCACCUACCAUACCCGCCGCAGACGGCCCAGGCAUAAUAGAGAAGGCCACGAAGGCGGCUAAGCGAUGGGAUCCGCGGAAUGGAUUAGGCGUCUACAUCGAACGUCCUGAGACGAACCCAGAGAAGAAGGUGCUGAAGUACGACGAUGACUUUGUUGUGAUAGCCGACAAGUUUCCAAAGGCAAGCGUGCACCUCCUGCUCAUCCCACGGAAACCCGUCUACUACGACCAACAUCCUCUCCACGCUCUCUCCACAGACCCUGCCUUCCUCACCGAAGUUCGAGAACGCGUCGACCGGCUCAAAGAUCUCGCUGUCUACGAACUCCGCCGUCAAUAUGGCGACAUCAGCGCUUCAGAUAAACCAUACAACGAGGCCUUUGAGGCAAUGAUGAGCUCCCCCAACCCACCACCACCUGAAGAGCGUGCAGCCCUCCUUCCACCUGGUCGCGACUGGUCGAAAGACAUAGUCACAGGCGUACACACACACCCAUCAAUGAACCAUCUGCACAUUCACAUCUUCAGUCGGGAUAUGCAUUCAGACUGGAUGAGACAUAAGAAACACUACUUGAGCUUCAACUCUAGCUUCCUCGUCCGAUUAGACGAGUUCCCGCUAGAAGAAGGAAGCGAGAGGUUCCAUCCUGGAGAUUGGCCUAGCUGGGAUAUGAAGUGUUGGCGAUGUGGGAGGAACUUCAAGAAUAGGUUUGCGGAGCUGAAACAACAUCUGGAUGAGGAGUUUGAAGAGUGGAAGAGAGAGUGA